UGACAACCGGUCUGCAGAGCGGGUCUGCGCAGAACUAUGUUCACAAUCGCAUCGGCUCCGAUUCACAAGCAUGGGCUGGGUCGCCUUCCGCAGCUCGUAUUUGGCCCACUUCUUCCGCUUCAACACGAGCCUGGCCAAGCUCGCCAACGCCUUGCGAGAUCUUUAUGCCUCGGACGUCGCCUCGUGGCAAUGGUUUGCAGUCACCGGCAGUCAGGUCCCACUCGGUCUUCUUAUCGGCAUCUUCUGCCCUGCACACCUGGGGACGAUCCUACUUGCUGUCUUUGUGACCCCGAUGGGGCUCGCGCUCGCAGGCGCACUCGGCGUACCGGCGCAGUACGAUGCGCUUUUGAGUUCUCUCCUGGCUGCGUACAUUGCAACCCACAUACGCAGUGGGCUCUACCUCUUGUUUUACUUUGUGUACGCACGUAUCAUAUCGAGUUUCAUGCCCUCGUCUUGGUCGACGACGCGCCAGGACGCGACUGCACUCGUGUGUGGCGCCGGCCUUGUGUCGAUGACGGCCUUUCUCCACGAGUCUAUCUUUUUGUACCUGCAAGAGUCGGCGUCGGCGCUCAUCGGGGCCGGUCUCAUCCUAGCGAGCAUCGCUGCUUGCUUCGAGCCCAAGCUAGUGCGGGCUUUCAUCGUUGUCGCGGGUGCCGGACCGCUCGUGCGUCAGUUCCGCGACUUUGCCGCGCAAUCCGUCGACACACUGCACCACUAGACGUCGUACAGGUAUAUCUAGUUACAAGAUUUGCAUCGUUUUGGUAUAAGGCAUUGCACGCUUCGAGCACA